CUUACCCCGCCCAUUCGGAAAGCAAGCUAAGGCGGAUUUUACAUUGUUUUGUUUGAGUCUCAUUCGCUGUUUCGCUCGUUUUGCACAGGGUUCGUGAUGAUUACGGGAGGAAACACAAACACGCGCUGAAACAUGUGGACGGAGGUGAGAAACAACAACAGCUCAGUUCAUGAAGAACCACGGGACCACAAUCUCACCCAGAUAGUUUCCCCAGUGUCUUCGUGGCUUCCUUUCAGCUCUGAUAAAAAUGGCACAGUUACUGCCAGUCCACCCCCUCUUGCUGAGACCCCCAUGAAGAGAGAGAGUGGAAUCAUACCAGGUGCAAUUGCUGCAACAGUGUUCAUAGGCUUUCUGUUAGCCCUUUAUGCUGUCCUUUGGAAAUGCAUGGUUACGCAGCCGAAAAGGAGGAAAAAGCGAGUGAGCCUGAAGGCUCGUGAACAGAGAUCUCUUACAUGCUGACCUGUGGACGGGACGUCUGCCAGAUAUUCUGAGGCCUUCUCCUGCUGUGUAUAAGCACCCUCAUGAACUCUGUUCAGGUCUUAACGCACACUGUUUGAGACAAUAUUUCAUGCAUGAGGGAACUAGAUGCUUGUGUUAUACAAAAUCAUCAACAGAUCAGUAACCACUGUGUUUCACCCAUCAGGUUCCGGACUGGUCCAUUUGACAGAUCAGUACGUUAUUCAGUUAGACCGAGGGAGUUACAUUUAAGAAAAUGGUCCUUAAAAUGUGAAACUUAGUCAUUAAACUGAAUGAUUUUGUGUGUGUAUAUAAAGGAAUUAGCAAGCUCAAAUGUGCUUUUGAGGUAUGAAUAUUUUACUUCACACAGUGUGUCACAGCACAGAAAAUGUCCACUAGAUGGCAGAUGGCUCAAUGUUUUUUUUACAUGAUGGAACGUGGAAAUCAGCCAAGAUAUACAGUAUAUUCAGUCUUUACAGGUUUAUCUUUAUAGGCUUGUGCGUUUGAGACGAUUGUAUUAUUGCUGAUAGCUGUGCUAAUUAAUACAUGAAAGAUGCAAUCCAUUUUAAAAGAUAAGGCCCUUGUUUUUCUCUAAACAUCCCCUUUGACCAUAGUGAACUCUGCACCAGUGAGUGAGUGCGUGUGUGUGUGUGAGUAAGAGCGAUUUUCUUUAUGCAGCAGUAUUGGUAGAAAGCAGCAGGUUUCUGGGUUAAAGUCUUUGGGUACGUGCAUGCUUGUGUGAGUGUGAACGUAAGAAUCGCACAUUUUAUUGCAGGUGCUUUGCACAAUUGAUAUACUGUUACGUAUUUUAUUUUUCCUAUGCGUCAUUAGUUUCAGGGUCUCAUUGUCAAGAUUUGAUUUUCCAUUAUUUUGGAUUAGAAUGUGUUACAUUUUUUUAAGUUAGACUGUGUGAAACUUGUUUUUCAUUGCACAGAUGUUUUAUGUAGAGUGAUAUGUGCCAAUAAAUGUGAACUUUGAUUUGA